AUGGGAAUUGGGCAUUUUUUUGUAGUGAAUGUGACUGGUUCUGUUCCCAGCUCUGCUUCUCUUCCUGCAUCCCAGUCAACUGCAGAUGUUGGAACUGCUACCUCCACUUGGGCCACCAAAACAAGCUUGAUUCUGCCAGCCAAGACACCACGAGUUUCUUCUGCCGGCUGGGUUGCUGCCUCUCAAAGACUGUUCUCUGACAAAACUGGUCCUGAUGGUUUUGAAUAUGUUUAUAUUCCUCGCUCACGUCGUAUUAUGCACAGUGAAGUGCACCGCUCUCUCCGCACUCUUGGUGCUGACACUGGUCGCCUGUUAGAUAUUAACUUUCCUGCUUGUGAAGUUAUUGGAAUUCUUGUUCAUGUGCAAUAUCUUGAGGAAUUUAAGUCCCAAUUAGCUAGUGCUAAGGUCUCUCUUGUCAACAACUUUGAUCCACUUGAUCCUAAAAAUGUUGCUGAUCCCAAGUUUGCCAACUUGUCUGUCUCUGGUCUUGAAACCCAGGCUUUGGUUCUCCAAAAUGCCCGCUGUCUCCAAGCUCUCAAGUUUUUGCGUUCUCACUUAGUUCUGCUAGUUGCUCACUUCUUUGUCCAGUCAGGAUGGAUUGGACUUGAGGAAAUUCCUGCCCGACCAGUAGGAUUGUGGAAUGCUAAUGGACUUCAACCUCGUGCAAUUAAAGACAUGCUCAACCACUAUCAAUCUCUUCAUAUGCUUUUUAUAACUGAAACAUGGCUCUUAUCUCCAGCCCGUCUUCCAACCUCAUGGUCUCAGUUUCAUCUCUAUGGAUCUCCUGUUGCUGGCAACUACCGCAGAUCAAUGGGGGUGUCAUUGUUAGUCUCUCCUUCCUGUUCUUAUGCUGUCACACAAAUACCUAUGCCCAACAACUAUGCUCUUGCUGUUAAGAUUGGUACCCUUCGACUUAUAUGCCUUUACUUACCACCCUCUAUGCCCACUCAUGAAGCUCUUGAUAUCCUCUCAGCCAUUCCUUUAACAGAUGAUAUCAUUAUAUGUGGAGAUUUUAAUGCACGCCUUGGUUCAGUAACUGGUGACUAUGCAUCUAACCCUCGUGGUGUAGCUUUAGAGCAAUGGCUUGAAGAACGAUCUUUAACUGUCUUCAAUGGAGUUCUCUCACCAUGCACACCCACAUACAUUUCCUUUUGUAACGAAGUUGAAAUCAGCAGCAUCAUUGACCUUUUUAUCACCAACACCAACUUUGCUAACCCUUCUUUACACAUUGCAACUGAACUAUCUUUAGGCUCUGAUCACCGACUUCUCUCACUUUCCUUUACUUAUAACCUGCAACACUCACCACCAGCACCUCCACCUAUGCGCCAAACUUGGAAUCUGUCACAUCUUCAUGAAGAUGAUGUCAGAUCACUCUAUGUCACUACCAUUGCCACCAAAUCCAUCUCCCUCCUCGUCUCACUGCAAGACCUUGUUCAGAAUCUGCCAACUAUAUGUCCACUCAUUGAUGCUCUUACUAACUCUUUCAAUACACUCAUUUAUGACUCUCUUAGUAGCUCCAUUGGUUCUCGCCCCCCUUGCCUCUCACAUUGGAAAUCGUUUUGGACCCCUGCAUUGCAAGCUGCAGCCGACCAUAGAGAUGGUUGUUACAAGCAAUGGCGUCGAGCUUGUGGCAUUGACAAGAUCAAUUGGUGGAGCCGGCACCAACAUGCACAUAAGGAGUUUUGUCAGCAAGUUCAAACUGCAAAGCAUUUGUCUUGGCAUGCUUUUUGCCACUCAAUGAACUUGGAUUUCAACAAGGCCAUGUCCAAAAUAAAGCAGUCGAAAUGGCGCAGGCAACCACAGCACACAUUUCAGCAUGAUGAUAGCCCAGCAGUUGCAGCAACAGUUAUGUGUGACCAUCUCGCAUUAGUCUAUAGUGGACACAUACUUCCUGACAUUCGACCUCCACCACCACCACUCAACACCUCUCUCAUGCCUUUUGCGUCUGUUGACUCCCCAUUCACCUCACCAGUGGUGGAGACCUUCAUGCAAUUUAUGCCUAACCGCAAUGUGCCAGCCCUGGCAACCAUGGCAACACUGAAUGCAGUUGGAGCAUGCCAGUCUGGAUUCUCUCUGCUUUUCAGCUCUCAUCUGUAUAGGAUCUUUAUCAGACCAAAAUUUGAAUAUGGAUUGACUAUUCUCCCUCUGAGAAGAACUGAUACUAUCCAGCUUGAGAAGAUCCAAGAUAAAUGUUUGCGCAUGAUCAUUGGUAGGCAUCGCAUCUCAUCUACAACUGUGCUCAAACAUAUAUGUCACCUCCCUAGUAUGAGUUUCCGUGCUGAUGUGCUGAUAACAAAGUUUUGUAUUCGUGCUCACUACCUUCCCUCUGGCUGCCUUUUGUCUCUUCUUCACCAUCACCACUCUCAGUCUUCAUCACUUGUCACUCUUCGUCAUAAUACUCUUCUUCAAAGCAUCCCUAUUGAUUUAAAUUUCAAAACUGAUCAGCUCCAAUUGUCUUCAAACCAAGUCUUGUUUCUAGUAUGCCGCCCUCUUUUGGAAGUCGAUCCUAUUCUGUUCUUGCCUGCAACUAGGGUGGAACGUAGCUGCCUUGUCUGCUGGAGAAUGGGUUGGUUGCCUGGCACUUCUAAGAAUUGCCCUUGUGGUACUGACCAUACCUCACGUCAUCAUCUUGCUGUCUGCUCUUUGGUUCCUGCCCAUUCGUUGGCCUGUCUUCCUAUUCCAUCUGAUCAAAACUGUAAUCCAAUUGAUGUUGCCAUUACUGCUCUCCCAUAUUCUAGUCAGGCUCCUUGCCCCUCUUAUUGGGUAGCACUACUUACUAUUCUCUGGCAUUUUGACAAGCUUUGUAACCCUGAUGGUGACUACACUCAUGAAACUCACUUUUGUACUCUUUGGGCUGGACUUAGCUAG